CGUCCUCCCUGGGUGUGGUUCGAAACAGUGUCGAAGGUUGUGUCCAGUUUACCUCGUAUCUUAACUCCUUCAGCUUUUAUUCGUUAGAGUCUCGAGUAUCGUUUCAUUUCUUCUCUCUGAAAUCAUUCGGCAAGACACACAGCGUUCGCGUGUGUACUCUUUACCUAGCGUACAUAACGAAGAGGGAGAGGUUGAAGGGAGAAAAGGAGAGGGUGAAAGCUUACGAAAGAAAGAGACAGACUACAGUGGGGCGAGCCACGGCUGUUCAUCGAUUCGUCGCUACCACGGUUCUGUGAACGUGGCAUGAAAAGAGAACCAGCACCACCAAUGCGCGCAUUUGACCGGUUCUCGUGCGUGUGCGUGCGUGUGCCCGGUUCUCACUAGGAAAAGUGCUUUUUCUUCCGGUUUUCACUCGGACGCUGGGCUCCUAACAGUUCCUGGCGUUCCGUCGACGGCGCAAUCUGGCGGUAGACCACGGGUUCAGAGAGACCACCCUUUGCCCUCUGCACGAAUCUUCCACGCAGAGAGGUUAUGUUUGCUCGAGAUUCAUGACGCUCUGACAGGAGUGGAAGGUGGACGGAGCGGGGGUGGCAACGAUCUCGCUAGGAGGUGUCGAAGCUGGCGCGUGGGGCGGGAGAGUCAGCGGUGGUCUGGCUCUGGUUCUGGUGGUAGCGGCGGAAACGGAAGCCGCGACAGCAACAGAUCAGAGAGAAGGCCUGAAAAAGGCUGGUGCAGCCCCCUUAAGGAGAAAAUUCGAUCGUCUUCUAGUUCUUCUUUCUACCCUUCCCGUUCUUGGUGGUGGUAUACUUGACGAUAUUCAUCGGUCAUCGAAAGAAACGUCGGCGGCGUGACACUGGGCCCUAACCACCUUCGAGCGAGAAGGCGCACAAAAUAGGAUUAAUCCGUUCCUAAAGAAUCAUAUUUUAGGAAUCUCGUUCGUCGGGGGUGUUCCACCUCCUCCUCGAGAAACACCCUUUUCCACCCUUAACGGGUAAUCACGUUUAUCGCAUCAUUAGACAGGCAUCAUGAGUGAAGUUGAAACACUUCGUCAGGAGGCUGACAAGCUGAAAAAUGCCAUUCGAGAUGCUAGGAAAGCAGCAUGCGAUACGACGUUGGUUCAGGCCACGUCGGGCAUGGAGCCUAUCGGCCGGAUACAGAUGCGCACAAGACGCACACUUCGCGGUCACUUAGCCAAGAUUUAUGCGAUGCACUGGGGAAGUGAUUCGAGAAACUUAGUAUCAGCGUCGCAGGAUGGAAAACUAAUCGUGUGGGAUAGCUACACCACGAACAAAGUUCACGCGAUCCCUUUACGCUCUUCGUGGGUAAUGACCUGUGCGUACGCACCAUCAGGUAGUUUCGUGGCCUGCGGUGGGCUGGAUAACAUUUGUUCCAUCUAUAGUCUUAAAACUAGGGAAGGCAAUGUAAGAGUUAGCAGAGAACUCCCAGGUCACACUGGGUAUUUGUCCUGUUGUCGAUUUUAUGACGACAGUCAAAUUGUCACUAGUUCUGGUGAUAUGACUUGUGCCCUGUGGGACAUAGAAACUGGUCAACAGUGUACCUCCUUUAUUGGUCACACGGGCGAUGUAAUGUCCUUAUCCUUGGCUCCAGACACGCGCACAUUCGUAUCUGGUGCGUGUGAUGCCAGUGCAAAAUUGUGGGACAUUCGUGAAGGAACUUGUAAGCAAACUUUCCCGGGUCAUGAGAGCGACAUAAAUGCUGUUACGUUCUUCCCGAAUGGAUACGCCUUCGCGACGGGUUCAGAUGACGCAACGUGCAGACUUUUCGACAUUAGGGCAGAUCAAGAACUGGCGAUGUAUAGUCACGACAAUAUUAUCUGUGGUAUCACCAGUGUAGCGUUCAGCAAGAGCGGUAGAUUAUUACUAGCCGGUUACGACGAUUUCAACUGCAAUGUUUGGGAUUCUAUGAAAGCGGAACGAGCUGGAAUUCUCGCUGGUCAUGAUAAUCGCGUCUCUUGCCUUGGUGUUACGGAAGAUGGUAUGGCCGUCGGGACGGGUUCAUGGGACUCGUUUUUGCGUAUUUGGAACUAACUUGGGGUUCAUCCCAAGACGUUUCUCAACAGAACCAACUGCAAAUCAGCAUACAGUAUAAGCAUUAAAUAUCACCACUUGGCCACCGAAGUCGGCGUGUCUGUGUCCUCAACGGAGGAGAAUUACUCUCCAAGUUCACCGGAAUUGACGUUGAUUAGAAAGUUUGGACAUCCGCUAGACAACAGCAGUAGAAAGACCCACGGCAAUAGCGGCAGUAGCGGCAGCGAAUUUAAGAACGUUUUGGGUUGUGGUGGUAAAAAGGACUACCGGAGACGCGUCGUCGAUUUAACCUGGCGACGUGGCAAGGUCGGGGAUAAAAUCACUCGUGAAUAUCAGCGCUUCUAGUAUAUGAGUAUACCGUUUAUUCGAUAUACUUUAACGUACGAAUGAUGAUGAUGAUGAUGAUGAUGAUGAUGAUGAUUGAGAAAGAAGCGUGGCGAAAGGAAGAACGACAGAGCGGAGAGGAGCACCAAGGCUGACAGCCAUAUCUCUCCGAUGUCGUGCGCGUUACUUCCUUUUUCUCCUCCCCUUUCUCAAGGAGUACUUGACGAACCUUCGAAGAGAACGUGCUGUUGAUUAUAUAUCUUGAUAGCGUCUCCUCGAAGAUCUUCCCAAAUUCAAAGGUUGAAACAAGAAUCGAUUUCCGAGACAAGAUCCCUCGUCCAGAGGUCUACGUUGUUGGAAGCGUUUUAUUAUGAAUAAGAAAAAAAGAAAAAAAAAGUGGUUCCGAGCGUUCACUGCCGAUGAAGCGCCGACAUGGCUGCUCCGGCGGUUGAUUUUACAUUUCUUUUCGACACGCACGAAGCAAGUCGUACCAGGCGAGAACAUGAUGUGAAAAGAACGAAAAAAAAAAAAAGUAUGGUCGCUCGUGCACGACACAAAAGCAAACAUGAUCAUCAAAACUAUAUAUACAUAUAUAUAUUAUAUAUAUACGUAUGUCGACGAGCAACCAAGAUUACGAUAAUCUCGCAUAUUGCAUUCAACCUACACGCACACCGUACGCACGUGUAUUAAUACGUACAUAGAAAACUACAUACAUACAUUUGCACACAAAACGCGAAGUACCGCAAACAAAAGGCAUCUGCUAUUAAGUACAUAGUGGGUCAUCCACGAGCCUCGACAUAUAAGUCACUAUCUCUGAUCAUGUUUUCUCUCUUUCUUCCGUUUUCUCCUCUUUCUUUUUACGUUUCAAAUUUCAAUUCUCCUUUGUCGUGGAUUUCCUAUCCUUAAAAGGGAUGGCUAGUUAAAGAAAAUGGGAAAAAAAAUGAUUCGCGAAGAUUGCAUCGUUUCUUGUGACUAUAAUCGCCGAGUUUGCAUUAAUAUCUGUAAUUUUUAUAGAUUUAUCCUUAUUUAUUUUGUAUAGACCUUAUAUGGAGACCAUCUUAUAUACGUUCUUGUGUCUUUUUCUUUUUUUCAUUUUUUGUUUGAAAAACUGAGUGAAUGUUCGAGUUACGGAGAUUGUUAGAGAGUGAACGAGUUCAGAAGUAAGAAUGAGUGAAAGGUCUCGAAGGCGCGGCCCGUUGCGAAUCAAAACAAGAAUCUGCAUAAAAAUCUGAUUAAAAAUUCUACGGUAAUUUCUAUGUUGUUUCUUCAGCUUACCUUUCAUCGAAAUCUGAUUCGUCGUGUAUGAAAGGGUAUGCUGCUGAACGAAAAAACGAUCGACAACGCGAGAUAAUAAAAUGAACAAAAUAAAAUGUACUUUGCCUCGCCGCGGAUUUAAUGCUCGCUCGCGAGGGACCAGCAUGAAGUAUGAAGAGAAAGAAUAUUUAAAUGUAACGUGUAAUCGUUUAGUUUAUAGCCUAUCCUCUGUUUCUCCAGUUAGAAAACAGCGAGACCGAGAAGAGUUCCUUCUAACUCUCAUCAAAGCAGAACCCUACACCUUUCUCUAUUAUGUCGGUCCAGAACCGAAGAAUCCUCGAAAGUGCAAGGAAAACAUGUAUUCUCCGACGAAACAGUCGUCCUAGAAGUUCCUUUGAAAUAGGACCCAAAGAAUCACGGAUCGAAACUACGGACCGCAAAACCAAACUCUCUUUCUCUCUCUCUCACCCUCGCCGUCCUUUUCGUUUUUUCUCUUCUUCGGUUUCUUCUGAUAAGAUUUUUAUCGUUUCCAUCAACCACUUUGUACGAUUGUGUUUUUAAUUAUUAUUCUUCGACUUUCUUCCCUCCAUCGUCUCCUCUCCUAUCUUUUUUUUUAAUCGCUGUCACCUGUUGUGUUCCUUCCAUUGUCAUCUAUUCUCUGUCCUGUUUUUGUCGAAGAAACUAGGUGUUUAAACUGUGUAUGCAUUUAAAGUAAUAAUAUUAAUGAUAAUGUUUAAUAUUAAUAUUAAUAAUGAUUGUAAUUUAUAAUUAUUAAUAUUUAAUAUAUAAGUAUCUAAGAAGAUAACGAUGAAUCUACUUGUUCAGUACCGCAGGAUUACGGUCCAAUCGCUUUCCGGUGACCACGCUGUCACAUCCAUUUGUUUUUAAUCGGGUUCAUUAUUUCCAUAUAACAUUGUUUUUUUCCUAUAUUUUAUUGCAUUCUUAUUUGCAUUUAAUAUUCUGGUGAUCAGCAAGGACGUUAUACAACAUUUACGACUUAUUGCGAUCUUAGUGGUUUAAUGUAAAUUGCUUUGAAUAUAUUUUAACCACUGUUGGUUCCUGUUGAGAUCAUCAACUGUUAAAGAAAAAUGGCUGAGUGAGUCAGUAAGGGAAGCGUGGCUUCCGGAACGCGAAAACCACCAAUUGUUUUCCUAACAGAACAAGUAUGUAAUCUGAUUUAAAAAAAAAGGAAGAAAAAAAACUGUUAAAGGAACUAUCAGAGGUUUUUAAGGAGUUUCUAAAGACGUUGUUCUACCAUUGCGUUACAAGCAGAUAAAUGAGAAAUACUUUUCCUGAACGAUAACAUUUAGAAUCAGUUUUUUGAUAUCACUCUUUUCGACUAAUCGCGCUUAUGUCACACGCCUCCAUAUCUUCUAGCGACCAAUUAGGCAAAAAAUAACAAGAUAUAACAUAAAAAAUCUUUUCUCCGCGCCAAUACGAAACGAAGGCCUUCUUCCUUCGGUUUUUAUGAUAGUUUUGACAUUUUAAAUUUCAAAACAAAAACAGAUAUUUUCUUCUUUUGAAAAGAACAGAGACCUUAGUUGUCUGCGUAGAGCAUUGCAACGGUGUUCAAAAUGAAGGAAGAAGGGUACUUAAAUAUUUAAAAGGAAAAAACGUUAUAAAACGAAAAAAAAAAAAAAAAAAAUGGAAACACAAGAUCUGUGCUUUUUGUAUUUCGUAAUUUCGUGGCCUCCCCGAGAAGGCUUCUCGUUUUUGUAUUUCGAAGCCUCGAGCCACUGAAGCAAUAUGGUUUCUUAUUCUUUGUACGAAUACAAAAAAAAUAUAUAUAAUAUAUAUUAUAUUAUAUAUAUACUAUACUAUAUAUAUAAUAUAUAUAUACUAUCGAAUAGUCAUACAAAAUUAACGAUUUAUUAAGUCUCUAGUCAUAGUAACGACAAACGCAAGAGUAAACCAAUUAAAAAAAAGGAAAAAAUAUGAAAGAAAACGCAGAAGUUUGUGUAAAUGGAGCAGUUUGUUAUUCAUUUUGUUCUUUUCUUUACUAUUCCCGUUGGUAGUUCUCCUUGUCCGUGGACAAGGAUGCGAGUGCUGGUUUUGAAUCGUUUAGUUAAUCGAAUGCAUAGGGGAACCGUGAUAAUAUAUCGGAUCGAUUGUGACAUCAGGAACAACAGCAUGAGAAAACAAGUGAAGGAAUAGAUUUUUUUUCUGAAGUCAUAAUAAGGUGAAUAAAAGUACUUGGAAAAAAUGAAA